AUGAGUGCAAGUUCUGAUAGUCUUGAUCUUUUCACACCGGUGUUCAAACACUUCCGUCGUCUAUCGGCUGCUGAUUGUUUUACACAAGCAUAUUCAGUCACUUCUCAUCCAUCGCUCUUUCACCAUUGUCCCAUAACAACAUCCAUCGAUUUGGAUGAAUCCCUAGGUUUAAAACCGAUCUCUUCAUGGUCUCUCUAUUCGUGUCUGUUUUGUGAUGGUCUUUAUUUUCUUCCUAAUCCAUUCACAUCCGUUGGUCAGCAUCAGUGGGUUCACCGUGCUUUGAAUGACUAUGCUCGACAAACUAAAACGAGUGUUGGUGAUAAUAGUAACAAUGAACAACUAGCUCGAAUACGCUGGGCUACACUUGGUUACCAUUAUGAUUGGACAAAUAAGAUUUACAAAGAUGAUGAUCACACGAAAAUGCCUAAUGAACUUGCAAAAUUAUGUCAGAUUAUCAUGCAAGUCAUAUCUUCGUCUACAAAUUGUCCGAUGAUGCAAGCAGAAGCUGCCAUUGUUAACUAUUAUCACUUGAAUUCAACGUUAUGCGCACAUACAGAUCAUUCAGAAUAUGAUGCAUUAACAAAACCUUUGAUAUCGUAUUCAUUCGGCAAUGCAGCCGUGUUUCUUAUCGGUGGACAAACCAAAGCGGAAUGCAAACCAUCACCCAUUCUGCUUCAAUCGGGUGAUAUUAUACUUAUGACUGGCUCAAGUCGACUUUGUUUUCAUGCUGUUCCACGUAUCCUUUCCGAUCCAUUGUUAAAAGAGAUUUUAUGUGAACAUCUUGAUGAUGAAUGUUGUUGGAGCUAUAUUCAUGAUAAACGCAUCAAUAUCAAUAUACGACAAGUCUAUUCUUAA